AUGCGAAAUGUUUGGAUUAUCGCAUCAGUUGUCGUUGCAAUUGCUAUUUGUUUAUCUAUCGGCUUGACUGUUGGAUUCCUGCUCAAGAAAAGGAAGGGUACAGGUGGUACAGUCGCUAAUGUUAGUAUUUCGCCUGUACGCUUAGCAAACGAUGCCGACUUGAAAGUCAAGGAUACUAGCGAUGACAUUAUUAAGAUUGACUUUUUAAAAAGAGAAAACUACUCCGUAGGUGGAAAUAAUGCCAGUGUCAACAGUUUUAAUCACGAUUUUCCCACGGCUAAACUCACUGGUUGGACUCACACCUUUCAACUCCCUCUCAGGAUACGGAAAUUUAUUGUUGGAUCCAUUGAGGUUGCCGUUUCGAAAAUUACUCCCAUUUCUGGUUUCACUGUGUUCAAUAAUCAAGAUGCAGGUGAUUUUGUAACAAUUUGGCAUGAUGGCGACUUUCAUCACUACUCUAAAUCAGGUGAACUUAUUUCAGUUGGAGCCUUUCCAUUUGCCAAUGGAGAUGAAUCAAUCCAUCCAAGGAGUCUAAAAAUACCAUCAAGAAUUUCUGAAGAUGACCAUUUAAACGUUUCAACCACUGAUGGUAUUGACAACGAACGUAAUUUGGAAGAUAUAGGUGUAUUAAUUGAGUCAGAAGAACCAAUUGUAGAAAAAACUGGGUGGGCUCGAGAUGAUUUGGAUUUAGAUUACAUUUUUACUUUUGUUAACGUUCUUCCAGAAAUGAAUCUUGGCAAUAAGGAUUUAGUAUUUGAUUUUUCCGUUAUCACUCUUGCUACUGAGGAUACUCCAUUCAAGAUUUUACAGGGUGAUGAUGAAAUGGUUAUUAAGAAGCGUAGGAUUGAUGAUGUUUUUAAGAAGUACAGUUGUACUCUUACUAAUGAAAGGUCUUUUAGACCACAGAUUAGGUAUUUACUUUCCAAUUUCCAGCUUGAAGUUGAAGACAUUUCCGAAUUUGAGCUCUAUGUUGGUGAAUUCGAUGAGCCUUUGUUGAUGAGAAUGAAAGAUUCGUCCGGAUUUAAGACCUUUGUGCAUAGAGGGCGCAACAAAUGGGAAACUCCUUAUAUUCCAUACUUGGAUAUAAACGUUCUCGAUAAACACUAUCUUUUGUUAAGGGGUGAUAUCACAACGAUUGAUUUUUCUAAAAAAUCCGGGCAUUACGAAUUUGGUAAAUACAAAAUAAAAGUAACUGAACCUGACUCAAGUGAUAGAGUAGUACAAGAAGGUUUUAAAGCAUAUAUUCACACGAUUUACUAUAAUUCAGAAUACAACAGCGACUUCGCCAGUGUGAAGGUUCACAGGUUUAAAUAUGACAACGUUGGUCUUUCAGGUUUUAUACGUUACCACUCAAUUCGUAAGGUUUACGUGUUCUUUUGGGAACACGAUUUAACAAAACCCGUUUAUAUUAGGGCUUGUGCAGAUCAUGGUUUCGCAAACUACUUUGGUUAUCCUGAUUACAUUAUGCAAACCGAUGUUUCUAUGUUCCCUUAUUUCUUAACCCUUACUAAUUUUGAAGUGAAUAAUGCUGUAGUUAUCAACCUAGCAAGACACGAAUCAUAUGAUUUUGAGGGUGGCAUUUCAGCUCAUUUAACGAGAAACCUAAUAACAGUCAAGUCUUACGAAAAUUCUCCUAUGCAGCAUUUCAGUAGAUACGUUCAUACCCUUACCGUCCGUGAUACCAAUAAACCAUUUAGCGUUCUACGUUUCGUCAACGAGAUUAACCUGAAUGUUGAUCCAACCAAAGUUUCGUCCGUGGAAGCCUAUUACCACAAUAAACAUCUAAAGAAGCCGCUUUUGUUCAUUAUGAAUGGUUCAAGCAAGCAGACCUUCUAUAAGCUCGAGAAUGAUAAUUUUGUCUUGAUCGAUAGACUCAUCGUCAGUCUUGAAAUAACCUUAAAAUACUUGGCAUAUUAUAAUUACAAUUAUGUCACAAUUGAUGUUUCAAAACAAUCCACUUAUCAUUACACGGGAGCCCAAAUUCCAUCCUCUAUGCCCGAUUCCAGUAUGUUAGUAUCUGUGGUUAAGGAAGAAAUAAGCGAAUUCAUCAAGUAUUCUCACAUCAUUAAGGUGAACAACAACCCAUUGAAAUUCAAAUUAAUGGCUCUGGACGGUGUUGAUAUUAGUUUAGAUGCUCCCGAGGUCACGAGUGUGGACGUCUACUUCUUUAAUGAACACAAGGAUAUUCCUAUAGCACUCGUUCUUAAAGGAACUACCGAUGUCGUUUACGUUAAGAAAGACCAAUUCGUUAGGAAAACCGUCGGAAACUUGGAUCAAUCAUUGGAAACUUUGAGAAGACUGACUCAAUUCAAUCUGGGCAUUGUGUACUUGAGAUUGGACCUAAAGUCCAAUUACUACAACUCUCACGACGAUGGAUUUAACAUAGAAGUCUCUCGUGGUGACAAAAGGCAGGACGGAUUUGCUCACUACGUUCACACGUUCCCAAGUCACAAGGAGGUGAGAUUCCUCAAUGGGAACGAGUGCUUUCAUCCCAAGGUAGAGGCAGGUCAAUACGAAAAGGCAGACGUUUUUUUCGAAAACAACUUCCCUUCUAUUGUAACUCUGACUGACACCAAGGGAGCUUGUUGCCAUUUUAUUUUCCAAAACGACGGUUAUAAAAAGGCAAAGGCUGAAAGUGUAGAUUCUAAACUUUCCCCAGGAGGCAAAACACCAACCCAACCUCAAGCCGCAACCCAAGAAAAAGAACAAUCGCAAACGCCGCUGUUAAAACCAGCUUCAAAGCCAAUUGAAGAACAAACGCCAAAACAAGAAGAGCCAUCACACACACCGCUGUUAAAACCAUCCAUUAAGCCAAUUGAAGAACAAACGCCAAAACAAGAAGAGCAAUCACACACAACAUUGCUGAAACCAUCUCUAGCGUCGACUCCUCAGGUUUCACCACUCCCGCAGGUAACACCUCCGCCAGUUCCUGAGUCACCGGUUUCACAGUCGAUAACGCCUCCGCAAACCGAAUCACAUACACCGUUCCCAAAACCAUCUCCAGCGCCGACGCCUCCGGUAUCACCACUGCCGCAGGUAACACCUCCGCCACUUCCUGAGUCUCCGGUUUCACAGUCGAUAACGCCUCCGCAAACCGAAACACACACAACGUUACUUCUGAAACCAGUGUUAAAGCCAAUUCAGGAUCAAACCCCAAAACAAGAAGAAACACACACAACGUUACUUCUGAAACCAGCGUUAAAGCCAAUUCAGGAUCAAACGCCAAAACAAGAAGAAACUCACACAACGUUACUUCUGAAACCAGUGUUAAAGCCAAUUCAGGAUCAAACCCCAAAACAAGAAGAAACACACACAACGUUACUUCUGAAACCAGCGUUAAAGCCAAUUGAAGAUCAAACGCCAAAACAAGAAGAGCCAUCACACACACCGCUGUUAAAACCAUCCAUUAAGCCAAUUGAAGAACAAACGCCAAAACAAGAAGAGCAAUCACACACAACAUUGCUGAAACCAUCUCUAGCGUCGACUCCUCAGGUUUCACCACUCCCGCAGGUAACACCUCCGCCAGUUCCUGAGUCACCGGUUUCACAGUCGAUAACGCCUCCGCAAACCGAAUCACAUACACCGUUCCCAAAACCAUCUCCAGCGCCGACGCCUCCGGUAUCACCACUGCCGCAGGUAACACCUCCGCCAGUUCCUGUUUCGCCGGCUUCACAGCCACAGUCGUCGACUCCAUCGCAACCUGAAUCGCAAACAUCACUGUUAAGACCGUCUUUAUCGACUAAACAUGAGCAAAUACAAUCGCAUACACCUCCACCGCUGCCGAAAGCCCCUCCGUCACUAGAUCAUACGCAAGAACAAACGCAAUCGCAGACACAAUUGAUUAAACUAUCGCAACCGCAGGUGGACACUCAAUCGCAAACUAAAUUGAUUAAACCAUCGCAGCCGCAAGCGGAAACACCAGCACUAUCGCAUACUAAAUUGAUUAAACCAUCGCAGCCGCAAGCGGAAUCACAAUCGCAUACACCUCCACCAGUGCCAAAACUUCCUGGUGAAUCUAAUGACAGUGACUGA